AUGUCGUACAGUGACUUGAAAGAGAAGACAUUCAUUGUCACCGGCGCCGCCUCGGGCAUGGGCCGGAAGACGGCCCAUCUGCUGGCCAAACAGGGCGCCAAUCUCGCGUUGGUCGACUUGCGAAAACCAGACGAAACUCUCGCUGAGAUUGAGGCCUUGGGCGUACGAGGACUUGCCUUGUCCUGCGACGUCCGGGAUGCUGCGGCGGUGGCGAGUGUGAUCACCCAGGCGCGAGAGCAUUUUGGGGCCCUGCACGGGGCGGCAAACAUGGCCGGAAUCGUGGGGAACCAGGGCAUCAAGGGGAAAGGUCAUGCGCUGGAUAUUCUUCCGGACAAGGAUUGGGAUUCCAUCAUGGACGUCAAUCUCAACGGCGUCAAAAACUGCCUUCGAGCCGAACUGAACGCAUUGGAGGAUGGAAGCUCGAUCGUCAAUGCCGGCAGCAUUGCUGGCCAGCAGGCCUGGCCGUUUCUGGGUCCUUAUUGUGUCAGCAAGGCCGGGGUUCUCAGCCUGAGUAGGAUCGCCGCGCAGGAAGCAGGGUCUCGGGGCAUUCGAGUGAAUGCAGUCGCUCCGGGUAUGAUCCGAACGCCCUUGACACAGGCCAUCGGCACUGACCAGGAGCUCCACGACGCGAUGGGUGUGCGGACGGCGUUGAAGCGGAUUGGGGAGCCAGAAGAAGUCGCACGGUUGAUUGUCUUCCUCUUGAGUCAGGAAUCCAGCUAUGUAACGGGCACGGUCAUUAACGUUGACGGUGGAUAUUCGUGA